AUGCUGCUGCUGCUGCUGCUGCAGUCACUGCUGUGGGUAGGUGAGUGGGGUGAGGGCUCGACUAAUCCUCGUUUCCCCGCAGGGUCCCUGGCUCAGGAUCUGAGAUACCAGCUGGAUGUGCCACGGUCUGUGUCGGUGCAGGAGGGCCUGUGUGUCCGCGUGGCCUGCUUCGUCUCCUAUCCCCGGGAAGGCUGGAAAGACUCUGACCCAGCUCACAGCUACUGGUUCCGGGAAAAGGCAUAUACCACUGAAGAUCUCGCAGUGGCCACAAACAACCCAGAGCAUGCGGUGCUCAGUGAGACCCAGGGCCGAUUCCUCCUCGUUGGAGACCCCCGGACCAAAGACUGCUCCCUGGAGAUCAGAGACGCCCAGAGGAGGGACACAGGGACAUACAUCUUUAGGGUGGAGAGAGGGCCUACCGUGAGAUAUAGUUAUAAAUGGCAUCCGCUCUCAAUCCAUGUGACGGCUCUGACAGACAUACCUGACAUCCACGUCCAGGGGACCCUAGUAUCCGGCCACCCCACCAACCUCACCUGUGUAGUGCCAUGGGCCUGUGAGAGGGGGACGCCCCCCACCUUCUCCUGGACCAGGAUCGCCCUCACCUCCCUGCACUCCAGGAGUCCCCACUCCUCGGUGCUCACCCUCACCCCGAGGCCCCAGGACCACGGCACCAACCUCACGUGUCGUGUGACCUUCCCUGGAGCUGGUGUGAGCACAGAGGUGACCAUCAGGCUCAAUGUGUCCUAUGCACCCCAGGAGCUGACCAUCAGAGUGUACCGGAAAGAAGGCACAGGACCUGAAACUCUGGGCAAAAGCCAGUCUCUUUCAGUCCAGGAGGGCCAGUCCCUGCGCCUGGACUGUGUUCCUGACAGCAACCCUCCUGCCAUGAUCAGCUGGACCCGAGAGAGCCUGACCCUGAGCCCCUCAAAUUCCUCGAACCCUGGGGUCCUUGAGCUGCCCCGGGUGGAACUGAGGGACCACGGGUUAUAUGUCUGCCAAGCUCAGCAUCCACUGGGCUCCAAGAAAGCAUCUCUGAACCUCGUUGUGAGAACACCCCUACAGCUGCUGGGCCCCUCCUGCUCCCAGGAGGACGAGGGUCUGAGCUGCAGCUGCUCCUCCCGAGCCUGGCCGGCCCCCUCCCUGCACUGGCGGUUGGGCGAGGGGCUGCUGGAGGGGAACUUCAGUAACGCCUCCUUUGAGGUCGCCUCCAGCUCCGCCGGGCCCUGGGCUAAUAGCUCCCUGAGGCUCCGCGAGGGGCUCAGCUCCGGCCUCAGACUCAGCUGCGAGGCCCAGAACGCCCAUGGGAAACAGAACAUGAAGAUCCUGCUGCUGCCAGGGAGACCAGGACCCAGGACCGGCAUGGUUCAGGGGGCUGUCGGAGGAGCUGGUGUCACAGCCCUGCUUGCUCUCUGUCUCAUCUUCUUUGUCGUGAAGAUGUACAGGAACAAGUCGGUGGAGAGAGCAUCGAGCCAAGAUGGCGACUGCCCAGCGUUGCGUCCCACGUCCCGGGGUCACUUCAAUGAAUCCUGGUCACACAGCCCCUCUGACUACCAGACCCCAACUCCGGCUGCUUCCACCUCAGAGAAGGAACAAGAGCUCUAUUAUGCAAGCCUCAGUUUCCACAGACCAAGGACCCACAACUUUCAGUUUUUAAAGAAAAGCCUUAUAAAGUGGAUUCCAGGGGCUGGGGACUGGAGGAGUCAGUGGACAGUUAAUGUUUAA